CCGGGAAAACGGAGAAAGCUGAAGAAGACCGCGCGCUUACCAGACGGAGAAAGUUGAAUGGGAGGAAACAGAAAGAAGUCGAAGAUGAAACAGCGAAAUCAGGAAUCUGAAUUUCUCGGACGAUCAGAGGGAGAGGAUCUUCGUGAAUAUAGUUUCUGUUGCAAUAUUUUCAGUUAAUCCGGACCCAUUCUCCAUAAUUUCAUAGUUACAGUCCUGUGUAAUAGGCAAACCAUGUCUCUGUCUGCACAAGCUCUCGCUCUACUCGACAGUUUUCAGCAUACCAUUCUCAAUUGCCUAAAUUCAACCACGGCUUCUCUUUCACAGACACGUCAAGCUCAUGCCCACAUCCUCAAGACCGGACUCUUCAACGAUACCCAUCUCGCCACCAAGCUUCUAUCGCAUUAUGCUAAUAACAUGUGCUUUGCGGAUGCAACUCUUGUUCUUGAUUUGGUUCCUGAGCCCAAUGUCUUCUCUUUCUCCACCCUUAUUUAUGCAUUCUCAAAGUUUCAUCAAUUCCAUCACGCACUUUCUACUUUUUCUCAGAUGCUCACCCGAGGCCUCAUGCCUGACAAUCGUGUCCUCCCUAGUGCUGUCAAGGCCUGUGCUGGACUAUCCGCCCUGAAGCCUGGCCGACAGGUUCAUGGCAUUGCAUCUGUAUCUGGGUUUGAUUCAGAUUCUUUUGUUCAAUCUUCUUUGGUCCACAUGUAUGUUAAAUGCAACCAGAUAAGAGAUGCUCAUAGAGUGUUUGAUAGAAUGUUCGAACCAGAUGUGGUUAGUUGGAGUGCUUUGGUUGCGGCUUAUGCUCGGCAGGGAUGUGUAGAUGAGGCAAAAAGGCUUUUCAGUGAGAUGGGUGACUCGGGUGUGCAGCCCAAUUUAAUAUCAUGGAAUGGUAUGAUUGCGGGGUUCAAUCAUAGCGGACUAUAUUCGGAGGCUGUUCUUAUGUUUCUGGAUAUGCAUUUAAGAGGUUUUGAACCUGAUGGGACUACUAUUUCUAGUGUUCUUCCGGCUGUAGGAGACUUGGAGGAUCUGGUUAUGGGGAUGCUAAUUCAUGGUUAUGUGAUAAAGCAAGGUCUUGUGUCAGAUAAAUGCGUCAGUAGCGCACUUAUUGAUAUGUACGGGAAGUGUUCCUGCACAUCCGAGAUGUCACAAGUGUUUGAUCAAAUGGAUCACAUGGAUGUAGGAUCUUGCAAUGCUUUCAUUUUUGGAUUAUCCCGGAAUGGGCAAGUCGAGAGUUCAUUGAGGUUAUUCAGGCAAUUGAAGGACCAAGGGAUGGAACUGAAUGUUGUAUCUUGGACAUCAAUGAUUGCUUGUUGCUCCCAAAAUGGGAGGGAUAUGGAAGCUCUGGAGCUUUUUAGAGAGAUGCAGAUUGCAGGGGUGAAACCAAAUUCUGUAACAAUCCCUUGCUUACUACCAGCUUGUGGCAAUAUUGCAGCAUUAAUGCAUGGCAAGGCAGCCCAUUGCUUCUCCCUUAGAAGGGGGAUCUCUACUGAUGUUUAUGUGGGUAGUGCCUUAAUUGAUAUGUAUGCAAAGUGUGGAAGGAUACAAGCAUCCCGGAUAUGUUUUGAUGGAAUUCCCACCAAGAACUUGGUUUGUUGGAAUGCAGUUAUAGCUGGAUAUGCAAUGCAUGGCAAGGCAAAAGAGGCCAUGGAGAUUUUCGAUUUGAUGCAGAGAAGUGGACAGAAACCCGACAUCAUCAGCUUCACUUGUGUAUUGUCUGCAUGUAGCCAGAGUGGCCUAACAGAAGAAGGAUCUUAUUAUUUUAAUAGCAUGUCUAGCAAGUAUGGGAUUGAAGCUAGAGUGGAGCAUUAUGCUUGCAUGGUUACUCUUCUUAGUCGUGCAGGAAAGCUUGAGCAGGCUUAUGCCAUGAUCAGAAGAAUGCCAGUCAAUCCAGAUGCUUGUGUUUGGGGAGCUUUGCUCAGUUCCUGUAGAGUUCACAAUAACGUGAGUCUGGGUGAGGUUGCUGCUGAGAAACUCUUUGAACUAGAACCAAGCAAUCCUGGAAACUAUAUUCUUCUAUCUAAUAUUUAUGCAUCUAAGGGUAUGUGGAAUGAAGUGAAUAGGGUAAGGGAUAUGAUGAAGAAUAAGGGUUUGAGGAAAAACCCUGGUUGCAGUUGGAUUGAGGUGAAAAACAAAGUGCACAUGCUUUUAGCAGGAGACAAAUCGCAUCCUCAAAUGACCCAAAUUAUUGAAAAGUUGGAUAAAUUGAGCAGGGAGAUGAAGAAAUUGGGUUAUUUUCCAGAAAUCAAUUUUGUGCUGCAAGAUGUAGAGGAACAGGACAAGGAGCAGAUCUUGUGUGGGCACAGUGAGAAGUUGGCGGUGGUGUUUGGGCUUCUGAACACUCCCCCAGGAUAUCCACUUCAAGUAAUUAAGAACCUCAGAAUUUGUGGGGACUGCCACGUUGUUAUAAAAUUUAUAUCUAGCUUUGAAAGGAGGGAGAUUUUUGUUAGAGAUACAAACCGCUUUCAUCACUUUAAAGAGGGAGCUUGUUCUUGUGGUGAUUAUUGGUGACACACUUCUAUGGUUUACUGGGGAAACCCAUUAUUCCUCUUCUUCAUAUCGAGCGGUUGGAAUUGAGUUAAUGCAGAAUAUGACAUGGACACACAAGAUAAAGAUGAAAUGCAUUUCACAAUAGACUUGAAGGUGAAGAGAUUGAAUCUGCCCCUGAAAGAAGGGUUCAGGAGUUUAUUCAAGGACGGAUCUCCUUUCUUGUGAAUGGCUUGGCCUUUUGAAUAGAUAUUUUUAAGCAGGUUUUGAUGUGUUCCCAAGUCCAAAGAUAUAUGCCAAUAUCGCUUUAAUAUGAUGGAUGCUGAAUCGAAAACCAUCAUCCAUACCAACUUGGGACAAAUGUUGGAGUUAAUCCUUAUGACACAGGUUCAGAUUGUCUUACAUUAUACAAGUAUGGAAUGAUUUACUAUAAAAAAAAGUGUAGAGGGAUGUUUUGAAAUGUGAAAUAAUGUUAUAUAAUAAAUAAGAAUUUGGUACAAUUGAUUAAUUUCCAUAGGCUGUGGCGCCCAGUGGGGCUUGUGGGCAAACAGGUCCUUAGAAUAGUUAAAUUCUAGGGUCACCACCCACAGAAGUCACAGACUCACAGCCCACAGGGCCAAAUAAAGGCGGCGGUGUGGCGUGUUAUAUUAUAUAUAUAUAUAUGAAAAAAACUCUGAGGAAGGGAGGAAGAAAAAGAUUAUACGAAAGAUGUGUGUCAGAGUAGUGAGUACAGUUGCGGAUGCUUUCCUCUGACCCACGAAACACGCCAUCUUCCAAAAUCAGUGAUAUUUUCUCUUUCUUCCAGAAAUGGUCGUUACUACUCUCGAAACAGACCCACGUCACCUUUCACCCCUCCCUUGAAAGUUGAAACCACCAUCUCACCAAACUGUAAUCCUACCACCUCAGAAUCCAC